UGUGUGUGUGUGUGUGUGCGUGUGUGUGUGUGUGUGAGUGAGUGAGAGAGCGAGUGAGUGAGUGAGUGAGUGAGUGUGUGUGGGGGGGGACUCGGCUUGUUGUUGUCGGUGACUUCCCCCUCCCCUCCACCCCUCCCCCUUCCCCGCCGCCGCUGCAGUGGCCGCUCCCUGGGCCGUAGGAAAUGAGCGAUAACGAUGACAUCGAGGUGGAGAGCGACGAAGAGCAACCGAGGUUUCAAUCUGCGGCUGACAAACGGGCUCAUCACAAUGCACUGGAACGGAAACGCAGGGACCACAUCAAAGACAGCUUUCACAGUUUGCGGGACUCGGUCCCCUCACUCCAAGGAGAGAAGGCAUCCCGGGCCCAAAUCCUAGACAAAGCCACAGAGUAUAUCCAGUAUAUGCGAAGGAAAAACCACACACACCAGCAAGAUAUUGAUGACCUCAAGCGGCAGAAUGCUCUCCUGGAGCAGCAAGUCCGUGCACUGGAGAAGGCGAGGUCGAGUGCCCAACUGCAGACCAACUACCCCUCCUCAGACAGCAGCCUCUACACCAACGCCAAGGGCAGCACCAUCUCUGCCUUCGAUGGGGGCUCGGACUCCAGCUCGGAGUCAGAGCCCGAAGAGCCCCAAAGCAGGAAGAAGCUCCGGAUGGAGGCCAGCUAAGCUCCACGGGGCAGGCCAGCAAUAAAAACUGUCUGUCUCCUCCGUCGUCUUAUCCUCCUUUCAGUUCAUCUUUAGAACUCUCAGAACCAUUUAAGAGACUCUGUUUUUUUUUCCUCUUUCUCAUUUUUUUUUUUAAAUUUUAUUUUUACGUAGAAGCUCUUGGACAACAGCUUUCGUUCUCCUUCCCCGUUUCCACUUUUUUUUUUUUUUUAACGUUUCCCUUCAGGGAUUCCCUGUCCCCACCAGGAAUUUUUAAACCAAAACACCCCAACUUGGCAGCUUUCUCUGUGGAGGACAGACGGCCGGCCAGACCUCUGAGCACAUGGUGUCCUGACCACCCACCAGCUCCUCCAGCCCCUCCAGGCACGUGCCCGGGGAACUCCUGCCCCACCCAGGCCUCUCCUUCUGGGCCAUCCUCACCUCUGUUUGAUAGACUUUGUGAAUCUGUGGACUGCUCUACUUUCAGAAGAUGACCAGUUUGGAGUAAUCAGAAUUAUUCCCCCUUCUUUUUAAGGAUUUUUUUUCCCCCUAAAAAGGCUAUUUAUCGCUCGUAUUGAAAGACCAGAUCCUUGGAGAAGUUUGUGGUAUAAAAGGAAGUGGGGACAGUUUGCAGCACAGAGUCUCGGCCUGUUUCACUCCUGCUUCUCUCAGCUAGCUUUAGGGAGGCCGUGUGACGCUUGUGUGGCGUGAGGGGACGGCAGCAGUGGAACAGGAGCUGCCAGGGGGUGGCAGAGGGUGGGUGGGCCAAGGAGGGAGGAUCGGGUUGGGUAGAGGUUUUGUAUUGAGGGCCAGUGAUGAUGUUUUGAUAUUUAUUUCCUGCUACUGAAAUUUGAACCCAAGUGAAUUGUCCCUAUUUCUGAUGAUGUCGGUAUGGCAAAGCGACAGAUUCAUAAAGUAAUGAUCAAAUCUUCCUUUCUUUCCGUGUGUAUUUCUAAGAAAUAGAGCCAACUGAUUUUGUAUGUAAAUACCGAGAGCAGUUCACCUCGUACUAAACCCGCACCCCAGUGCGGACCCCUCCCCACCCUCGCCCGCCCCUGCCCUUCCGACUGUCCUGGAACCUGUCCCCAUUAUGUGAUCCAGCCCUGGUUCUGGCUGCGGUCAGCAGAUCCCAGUGAAGGGUUUUGUGUGUUUCGGCCUCAUUUCUUUGUCUUUUUCCUACUCUGUUCCCGGCGUUUGCUGAUUUCUAGUGUAUACUCUGUAGUCUCAGUCCGUGUUUGAUUCCAUUCCAUGGAAAUAAAAAGUAUGUUGUACAUACUGCUGAAGAAUUGUCUUGCAAGUUAAGGCUUUCCCCUUUACUAUAAGACUAUAAAUAAAAACUUAUUUUAUCCUU